AUGUUCAGAAUACAACCUUUAACAGCAGCAUUACGGUCUGCUCACACACAUAGCUUCAAAAGUAGACGAACAGGGAAAAUUUGCGGUAACUGUGUGUUGCCAAGGCAGAGUUGGAGGUAUGAUGUUGCGUUGGGGAAAAAUUUUCACAAGAAAAUAGGACAGAAGAUUGGUUUUGAUAUGGGUUUUGAGUCUAAACUCAUAUUGGCUUCCUUAGGACAAAGACAGAGGAAACUAGACAAUAAGAAAAUGAAACAACUAUCGGAAAUAUUUGCUAUAAAGUUUGAAGAAGUCGUCUCGGCUAAUGAAAAAAUUGGAAAUUUGCAUGUUCGGUUUGGUCAGAUCAAAGUCAACAGCAGUUUCACAGAGUUGACGAUUGCAUGGAUUUGUAAUGGAAAGAACGAUGAAGAAAUUCAAAAAGUAUUGGACGAAGAGAAAUUCGUUUUGAGAAAAGUUCUCGCGGAAUCAAUUGGAUCUAACUGUCCGGAAAUACGGUUUGUUCCAGAUAGAACAGAACUUUUAUUGGAGGAAAUGAAUGAGCUGUUCCGGAAAGCCAAAACGGAUUUGGCUUGA